CGUCGCUUAACACUCUCCUAAAAACAUUCCCUCGUAAGGACGCUCCGAUGAUGUGAUCUGUCCUAUUUUUCCUUCGUGCCUUCCACCCUCACCCACCAUCUUUUCGUUGAAAUUCCUAAGCGAAACUUAAGACCAUGGGCAAGAAAGGAGGCGCCAAAAGACCACAAGCGACGGCACCUCUGUCUCACAGUUCUGUCUCGUUAAGACAGGAAUCAACUGGCAAACUACAAACCAAAGGCGCUUCUCGUAAUCCAAAGUCUCUUUUGAAACUCGAGCACUUGCAAAAGCUAGCUGUAUGGGCAAGCGGUGAAGCAUCAGUCCCCUCUCUCGGUGCCUUUUUCGGCCGCCAAUUUGCCGCUGCUGGAGAGAUCUUGGGAGUUCCUCCUGAACCUUCUCUAAUUCCUUGCCAGAGAUGUGAGACGAUUCUUCAACCUGGCUUUAACUGCACGGUGCGAAUUGAGAAGACUCAAAAGAAAGUAAGGCAUAGACAAAAGAAACCUAAUUCUUCAAUGCAGAAUAGUGUGGUUUACAACUGCCACUUCUGUUCACAUCGGAAUCUAAAGAGAGGAACUCCAAAAGGCUACAUGAAAGAAAUAUGCCCAUCAAAGCCAAAGCCAUCUGUCAAAUCAGAACCUUCCAAGUCCAUGCCUCAGAAGUCUGCCAACUUGGAGAAAGUCACAAAAAGCAAAGAUGAGAUUAUUACAAUAGAUGAGAUAACUUUGUCCAAAACAUCUGCAGACUCUUCCAUCACAAACUGUCCAGCAACUCCAUCAGUGAGAAGUGGAUCUACUUUGUUGGAUGCAAUGAGGAGAAAGAGAAACAGAUCAGGGUCUAAAAAAUCAGAAAGCAAUGAUUCUGCAGAAGAUGGCGAAAGAACUGUUGGUAUGUCAAGUAAAAGAAAGAGAAAGGCUUGGACAAGCCUGAAGGAAAUUGCUGAGCAUGAUUGCACUCGAAGUGUAGCAAAUUUAACAAUUCCCUUUUGCAUUAAGUGAAUGGAUUAUGAAUCUUCAAUUGUUUCAGCACCUCAAAAUGGUUUAGUUUGUCAACAGCAUGCACUCAAUGAUUUGGAUGAGGGAAUGAGAAGAAGGAAAGAACAAAUGGAGUGAUAGAAGUAUUGUUUUUUAGUAUUUGUAGCUGGUGAACUGGUUUGAGGAUAAUAUUAUAGUAACAUGGAUGAUCCUCAAUGGAGUAUGCUUUUUGUAUUCUUGUUUCUGGUAUGGAUCUUCUUGCUGAGUUAUGGGCUAUUAAACAGAUCGACAGUAGUUAAAACUUACUUUUGGUGUUCUGAGGAUAUCAAAUCAAGGAAGGUCUUAGUACUGAUUGUAUUUAUUUCCUUCUUCAGGGCAAUUAGUGUAGCUCUUAGCAAAACUGGGUGCAAACCAAAUUUCUACAUGACAAUCUUGGUCCCUUGAAUCUCUAGGCAUGGAUCAUCUUCUUUUUUCUGAUGCUAUUGGCAUUGUCCGUUUAAGAUCUCAGUUUCUUUUCAAUGUCUUUUGUACUAUCAUUUUAUUGGUGGCUAUAUUCCUACCCUGAUAUUGCAAAAUUUAUAAAUCCAAUAUACUCAAUUAUAUGGUUUUUCCAAGGAA